UGGUCCAAGUGGUCCGACCUCCCACGCCUUAUCGCAUCUACCCUUUGCCCCUCCAAUCUUUCCAUCACUAACCUUGGUCACAUCCAACCCAACUUGUUGCGUGCCCUCUCUUCCACUUUAACAAAAGCUAAAAGAUUCCAUGGACAAUCAAACCAACCACCUUCCAACCCUUCUCUCUCUCUCUCUCUCUCUCUCUCUCUCUCUCUCUCUCUCUCUCGCUCUCGCCUCUAUAUAGGUAAUUAACUCGGUCCUCUGCCUUCUCAUGGAGAUGCAAUAAAUUGCACCGUAUAGAACUCCCCUGGCUACCAUCUUCUUUAACUUGUAAACGUUGAGAGCGAGCUCUCCACCGGAUGCCAUCACUGACAGAGACACCAGGAGUGAUGUCACUGCUCCGGCACGCCACCGAAGGCCGCCGGUCCAAAACGGGCGGCGGAGGGGUCUUCAAAAUGUUCAAGCUGCUCCCCAUGUUGAGCUCUGGUUGCAAGAUGGUGGCGCUGUUGGGCAGGCCCAGCAAGACAUUGCUGGCCGACAAGGCGAUCGCGGUCACCUUCUUCGGGUACCGGCGGGGAAGGGUCAGCCUGGCCAUCCAGGAGGAUCCGAGGUCACCUCCCUUCUUCCUCAUCGAGCUGCCCAUGCUCACCAGCUCUCUCCACAAGGAGAUGGCCUCCGGCUUGGUCAAGAUCGCGCUGGAGAGCGAGACCCGGACCAUCAAGAAGAAGCUUGUGGAGGAGUACGUGUGGGCCGUGUACUGCAACGGCCGGAAGUCGGGGUACUCGAUAAGGCGGAAGCAGGUGUCCGACGAGGAGCGGCACGUAAUGCAGCUGCUGAGGGGGGUGUCGAUGGGCGCCGGCGUCCUGCCCUGCCUCUCCGAGAAGGACGCGGCCGACGGGGAGUUGACGUACAUGAGGGCGCGGUUCGAGAGGGUGGUCGGAUCCAAGGACUCGGAGUCGCUGUACAUGAUCAACCCUGAUGGAUCCGGCGGGGCUGAGCUGAGCAUCUUCCUCGUGAGGUUGAAGUGAAGAGAGAGCUCGUCUCGGCUUUGUGUGCUUCUGUAUAUAUUCCCUUCUCACUCCUAAUCUUCCAUCUUUUUGCUCGA